AUGGAUUCUGAGUACCGCCGAUUGACCGACACGAUCCGACUGCAAGCCAAUGCCCAUACAAAACCGCGCUAUAUCGUGGCCAUCGCAGGAAUACCUGGGUCUGGCAAGACCACUAUAGCAGAGGCCGUAGUACAUCAACUCAAUGAGGACACCGCUAAUCAUGCGACACUUCUCUCCAUGGAUGGGUUUCAUCUGUCGCGGGUGGCGUUGGACCAACUGCCCGACCCAAAGGAAGCCCAUGUGCGUCGCGGUGCACCCUGGACUUUCGAUGUCGCGAGAUUUGUAGCUUUCAUUCAUGAGCUACGCAGCUGGGCAGACAAGAUACCCUUAGCCUCUUCAAAGGCCUGGUCAGAUGCAGAUAUCCUGCUAGCCCCGGCCUUCGACCACAAGACCAAAGACCCCGUUGAGGAUAGCGUUGCUAUCACACCUGAUGCCUCGAUCAUUGUCGUUGAGGGCAACUAUUUGCUAUUGAAUGAGCCUGGGUGGCGCGAUUUGGCAAAUUUAGUCGACUAUCGUGUCUUUGUCGACACCGAUCCGCUAGAAGCCCGAGACCGAGUGGCUAAGCGCCAUGUGCAGGCAGGCAUCGAGAAAACUCUAGAGGAUGGAUACCGGCGGGUGGAUAGCAACGAUUAUUUGAACGCACUUUCAAUCCGCGAGAAGCUCCUCGUCCCAGACAUGGUGGUGAAGAGCAUGAGUAUACCAGGGGUGAGUUAG